AUGUCCCCCAAGCGACCACUCUACAGUGUGCUCGGCGUGGCACCCGACGCCGCCGAGAACGAUAUUAGCCGCGCGUAUCGGCGGCUGGCGCUGCAGCACCACCCAGACCGCAACCCUAGCGGGGAGGCGAAGUUCAAGGAGAUUGCGAAUGCUUACAGCAUCCUCGGUGACCCGGAGCGGCGCCGCCUGUACGAUGUGACUGGAGUUGUGCCCGGUGCUGAGGCCGAGGCGGACAGCGAAGCCACGAUGGCGCAGCGCUCCGCGGAGAUGAAGGAGCGUGUUCAGAUGUUCUACUCCACAUACGCGGGUUCGCCGGAGGAAACUGAGGAUGUCAUCUCGCGCUACAACAGGUGCAAAGGCAACUUUCGUCGCAUGGUACGGGAGGAGCUGCUCUUCGACAACACCAAGAAGGAUGAGAUCAGGCGGCUGCAGGACCUCGUGCAGGACCUCGUGGAGUCGGGGCGGCUGAAGCCCACCGAAGCGUGGAAAGUGACGAACUCGCCAGGGGCGCUCAAGCAGAUCGAGCGUGCCAUGAUGAAGGAGCGUAAACAGGCCGCCGAUGCGCUUGACGCCAUGGGUCUCGCUGGUGAGACGAAGGGCGCUGACCUCCAGACGCUGAUGAAGCGUGACCAAGAGGCGGAGUGGAGCAACAUGAUGAGCAGCCUCGAGGCGAAGUACUUAAAACCCAAGGCGGCGGCAGCGUCGAAGGGCGCAGAGCGCAAUGGCAAGACGCAGAAAAAGAAGAAAAGGGCGGAGGAUGCGCAUGCUCCUUCGGCAGCGCCACCGCGCAAAAAAGUACGGAAAUAA